AUGGCAGCAAUUCAAACAACUGGAAGGUAUCUGGACAGCCUUGUCCUGCAAUUUGAGAUCCGUGCAAGCAAUUCGAUCUUCUCUUCUGCCAUCAUGUCUACCACUCCUACCAUCCAAGUCAUCAAGAAUGGGUUCGGGGCAGAGAUCACAGGUCUCGACUUCGCUGACGGGGUCACUGACGAGGCAUACCAUUCCAUUGAGGAUGCAGUAAAGAAGCAUGGUUUCGCCGUUAUCCGAAAGACGAACCUGGUCGAUGAGACUCAUCUCGAGCUUGCUCGCAAGUUCGGUGACCUCGACGAUGUAACUCCUUACAACAAAGCUGGCCGUCUCCACCGACUGAAAUACAACGAGCUGUUUGAUGUGGGCAAUGUGGCUAUUGAUGGUUCCAUCGUCAACCUAAACAGCCCUCGCGGUGAGGCUGACAAGGGAAACGCUCUCUUCCAUACCGACUCCAGCUUCAACCCCCGGUGUGCCGGUUACUCACUCUUGCUCGCCCAUGAGCUGCCCCCUCCCGGCACCGGGGGAUCCACCGCGUUCGCUGACAUGAGGGCCGCAUACCGUGAUCUAGACGAGGGGUUCAAAGCUCUUCUGCACGAGAAGAACUACAUCGCUCGCCACUCCAUUCUCCACUCCAAGAAGUUGGCUGCUCCGGAGUGCUUCAAGGACAUCGACCCUACCGACUACUUCAUGGGCCGUCACUUGCUGCUCCAAGUCCACGAGCGCAGUGAUACACCUACCAUUUACCUUGCCAAACAUAUACACUCCCUGGAGGGUGUCGCUCCCGAGGAAUCUCAGGCGAUUCUAGAUAGACUUUUCGACCACGCCACUCAGGACAAGUACAUUAUUGAAAUGGAGUGGAAGGAUGUCGGUGAUCUGGUCGUCUGGGAUAACACAUGUACCAUGCACCGGGCUAUCGGGGGCGAGUUCAUGACUAAGUAUAGGAGGGAUAUGAGACGUGCUACGGUCCAUGAUGAUAGUAGCCAAGCAUGGGGGUUCAACCCUAAGAGUGAUGAGCAUAUGGGUUUACCUUGA